GUUGCUGCGGGAAAUCCGGAACUGCGGACUGUGUUAAGACAUUCGGGGCUGUUCCGCGAAAACCGAUGCUGAACCCUGUUAUAACUCCAGUCCAUUAAGUUAGAGAAAUGGAUAAUCGAUUUGCAACGGCACUUGUGAUUGGCAGUGUACUGUCACUGCUUUCUGUGAUUUACCUCUGUGCUGCGGUUGGAACAGUCUCAUGGUAUCACUAUUUUACCUCAUCAGCCCAGGCCAACACCAGUUACGCUACUGCUGAGGACUUCACAAGUGAAACUGAAAAGACAGAUGAAAAAGCGUAUACAGAUGCACUUUUCCACUUCAAUGGAAGUCUUGGCCUAUGGCAAAGAUGCAUCACAGUCUCACAAGAUCAUGUGUCCCAGCAACCCAGUGCUCUCACCGAUUCCCCAACUUUAUCUAGUUGCAUAUUCCUAUCUCUUUCUGAUCAGUUUUUGGAGAAGUACCAAGAACCAGGAAAUCACAACUCUGAGAUUGAUGUAGUGCGGACUUAUUUGUGGAGGUGUCAGUUCCUUCUUCCAUUGGUUGCCCUGGGGCUAAUAUUUUUUGGUGCUAUUGUGGGACUUGCUGGGUGUGUCUGCCACAGUCUAUACCCUGCAGUGGGCACAGGGAUUUUGCACCUACUAGCAGGUGUAUGUACUCUUGGUUCAGUUCUGUGCUUCUCAAGUGGCAUAUAUAUGCUCCAAGAAAGACUGCCUCCCCCUACAGGAAUAAGGGGUGAUUAUGGUUGGUCUUUUUGCUUAGCUUGUGUUUCCUCACCUCUGCAGGUUAUGGCUGGAGCCCUAUUUCUUUGGGCAUCUUGUGCAAGCCGUCGAGAAUACUCCCUAAUGAAGGCUUAUCGUGUUGCAUAACUGAAGUUGUAUUUAUGAGAAUAGUUUGAUAGGCACCUGUAAAUCAAGUUUGUUUAAAUGUUUAGGUAUUAUGUACAUACUAUAUUUUAACUUUUUUUGUGAUUUUUAGCAGCCUCAAAUUCAUCUAGUGACGAGCAGGUAUAGAAAAAAAAGGAAACAAAUUGCAAACCUGUCCCUAACCCUACAUUUAUAACUCUCUCUGAUGGUGACCUGCAGUGUCCAUGCAUUUUUUUCGCCUUAAAGAUUCCUUUUCUAUGGGUUUCUGCUGACCCACUUAUCACUUAUUUAUUAUACAGAAAAAAGUUUUUUUCACAAUACAACUCUGGCUAAGGAGCAGCCUGCUGCUCAAUACUGGCUGUUGGGCACCUUUUGUUGCUGCUGCUGAAGACACUAUGUUCUAUGAAGCUGUCCUUAAUUUUCUCUUGCUGAGUGAGAUAGGUGCUGCAAAAACAGAAAAGGCUCCCUCUAUGCUUCCUUUCCUGCCAUUUUUAAAAGUAAAUAAUCUUGCCAUGAGGGCUAGGCAUAUUGCUCUAAAAAAUAAGUCUAUACAAUUUUAAAAGAUAUUCACAAAAUUUAGUGUACUCAAGAUUUUAGGAUUUUCAAGAAUAAUAGAUUACUAACAGGCCCUAGAGAAAGGAACUGUCACUAACGUUGUUUCACUCCCUAUAGUCAGGUGAACGAAUGUUAAUCCGCAAACUCACUAAAUUGCGAAUUUUACAGAAUGUUACCUAUUUCGCCAGAGUUCCUUCGCCACCUUAGACCAGGCAAACUGAUAAGAUGAAGCUACAUCCUCCUCAAUCUUAUGUCAGUGACAUCAUAUCCUGUACACUGAAAAGUCAUAAAAGUUGUUUUAUCCUUUUUUAAAACCGGGAUUGCCUUCAAAAGUCCUAACUAUUAAACUAUUAAUUUUUGUGUUAACAUUUUUUCCCAACCAUUUGAGGGGCAUGCCACAUUUGUUUUUAGGGUGGACUCCUAUCUAAGGCAUUAGAGGAUGUCUAUAUUUUGCUUCCUUGGACAUUUGUAAUAAAAAGUGGCCAAUUCGAGCUUUUGCACCAACAUCUCUAAUAAAGAUGUCCAUACGACCUAUAUGUACUCGCACUAUUCAAAUUGACCUAAGCGUAAGAGUACUAACGAAGUUUCGCUCUGCAGAAUUGAUCGCUUUGAAAUGGUCGCUCUGACAAAUUAACCCUAGCAAAACUUCACCAGUGUGCGGCUGCUGAGACGCAGUUUCGCAUUUUAGUCAAUUAGCGCACUGGUAACAAAUUUGCACCUGGUGAACUGGCGCGAAGUGUGGCAGAUUGUUCGCUGUUGAAAAUUCACCCUUUAGUGAAUUUGCCCCAUUGUGUUAGUUGAAAAUGGAUGGACUUCCAUAUUUACCUCUAUAGCAAAUGCUGUUACCUGAAAACAUUUCUGCUAGAAAUAUGACACCGCUUUUAUUAGCCUUGUACCUGAGACGGUUUAAUUUUCUUUAUUGUCCUCGUGGGUAUAAAUUAACUCCUGCAUCUUUGCUGUAAGAGAAUGCACUAGCCAUAUCUGCACUUAUAGGUGGUGUGCCUCAAAGUUUAUUCCAUCAGAAUAAAAUUAUGCACAUGAGGUCUUAAUAGGAAGAACAGCAAAGAUUUAUGAAUCCGUAUAAUUUAACUAUUUCCAUAAAAUUUCAUUGUGUUACUAGCUUAUCUGCAUUUUGCUGUUUUAGAUUUUAUUUACUGUUUUUAUUGAUGAAUUUACAGGUAUGCUAUCAUUUUCUUAUUUUUAGUUGUGUUGUAUUGUGUAGUUUUCUGUUAUGAGCGAUAGUUUUCAUAAUAAAAAAAAUUAUUUAAAGGAAAAAAACUACUA